CAACAUGUGGCUUGGCAGACCCCCCUUUCUAGCUUGACAUUGCCCGCCCUCGAGGUCUUGGGGUAGCACCAUUUCUAGCCUCUCUGCGCCCAAAUUCGCCGACCGAGCAUGACUUCCCACCUCUCUGUCCCUGCUCUACGUACCCGUCUGGAGGAUCUCGAUUUGCCCUCAAACGGAAAAAAGCCAGAGCUGCAGCGCAGGCUCCGUAAAGCUCUCGCUAGGAUCAAGGCAGAGGAGGAGAGAAUCGAGAGCGGUGCCCCCAGGGACGAGGAUCUGGAUCUCAGCCAGUGGAGACCAAAGUACACAGAGUACCUAGUGGUGGACGUUGAGGCUACAUGCGAGGAUGGGAGAAUGGCAGGCUUUGGGUAUCCGAAUGAGAUCAUUGAGCUACCGGUACUUUUGCUACGGCUCCCACCUCCCACCUCUUCCAAUGUGGAGCCUGAACUCAUAGACACCUUCCACACCUACGUGCGGCCGGUCUUCCAACCGGUCCUCACCGACUUCUGCAAAACCCUCACUGGCAUUUCUCAAGCUCAAGUCGACUCGGCCCCAAGCUUUCCAGAGGCGCUCUCGCUCUUAUACCAAUUUCUACACAAGCACGACCUACUAGAUGUGCAGACUGCCUCUUCUUGCGCGACGAACGGGUCCAGAGCGGCAGACCCGUUCCUAGAUCCCUUUUCAGCAGAGCAUCGCUCUUCCCUUAAACGCAACGUCCUCUUCUGCUCACACGGCCCCUUUGACAUACGAGACUUCAUACCAAAGGCCUGCUGGAUCAACGGCUUUGCGUACGGCCCGCCAGUAUGGCUAAGAAAGUGUGCGAUCCUAGACGUGCGCAAGACGACACUUGGGCUGGCGUAUGUGGGCAAGGUUGAUGAGCGAGGCGGUGAAGGAGUCAAAUUAGCUUCGCACGCGAGCAUGGAGCUGGAAGCGUCCAGUCGAGAGGACGGCGAGGCCGAGCCUGUCGGAAAUGAAGACACCCAACCCUCCUCCUCUAGCUCAUCAGCAGCUCCGCAGAAGAUCCAGCGACACUUCGACUCUACCAUCCCUGGUCUACUUCUCCUCCUGCAUCUCGAGCCAUUCCAGGGUCAGCUCCACUCGGGACUAGACGAUACGCGGAACUUGGCCAGAGUUGUCGCAGAGGUCGUCAGGAGGGUCAUUGCUGGUGCUCGUAGCUGGAGUGACGAGAGCCGGUGGGACGAGCCAAUAGAAGAGGAGCAAGAGCAGGGAGAGAAUACACUAGAGGGGGAGGAGCAAAAGGUUCUCAAUGGACUGGGAAAAGUGACUCUCAAGGAAGGAGCGAACGGUGACGUCGCUUCAAAUGGGCAUCCCACCCCUCCAGUGCGGGCUACCCGACCGCCCGUCGUCCCUCUGGCACCACACAUCCGCGACCAGCUCCUCACACCCAACGUCUAUCUCCCAGAGUACCCUCCUCCACCGCCUCUCCCAAGCAGUCUUGCCUCACCCAGCAGAGGAGCGCAGAGUUCUGCCCCGCUCUCAGCCGCGAACCUCCUCCCCUCCGCCCGUUCCAACGGGCCCGCCCGUCUAAUGACAGCAGCCAGCUCAUCAAAUGGUGCCGAGGUAGAAGAGUCCUUCUCCGGGGACGAGACGACGGCACGUCGCCUGCUAAAAGGAGGGAGCGUCUAUUAUCCCAAGAGGUGGGCUUGGAUGGGGAAGAGGGAAGGGGUUGUGCGAUGGGAUUUGGAAGUGGUGGUUGAGGAGGAGAAGAGGAGGGAGAAGUGGAUUGGGGCGAGAGAGGGAGUGGGGAAUCAGAGGGGAGCAGCAGCAGCAGCAGCAGCAGCGGGAGGAGGAGGAGGUAGAGGUGGAAGGGGCCAUCCGCGUACUGGUUGGGCUUAGCGAAGCACCGGUGUGCUGGACGAGAAAGACCACACUGUGUGCUAGGAAUCGAGAAGCGGUAUCAAUAUCACGUCUAAAAGUACAACAUCCCCUUGAGCUCAAGAAGGGUAAGGCAGUCGUAUGACGACCUCUCUUUCUCCCUUCCCCAUCCAUUCCAACUCUGGAGUCGGCCGAUGACUAGUCGCCUCGUCACUCCACUGCCUCCCACAUCUCAUUACAUCUCCUAGCCCUCUCACUCUCGUCCAUCUUUUCCCAAUUCUCACUUCCAUCUGGUCCUACUUUGAAUGUGGUAACUUUGCCUUUUGCAUCUGAGCGGGCAAAGAGUGUUGAGAUGGUAGAGGCAGAGGCAGAGGAAGAGGAGGAGCUGUUGGAAGCAGUGGACUCGGCGAGUGGUUGGCCGGGCUGUACGGGUUGGAAGCCUAGUUGACGGAACAUUGUCAGGGCGAGUCUGUAUAG